AUGCCUCUAGAGAUUGAAGGAAAACGAGAAAGACAUAAGGUAGAGAGAAUGACUAUCACUUCUCCGACACCGAAGAAACCUGCAGCUGUAGUGAAAAUGGGAGACGGUGUGCCGCUGGGAGAGAUUGCUUACAUCGAGGAGCAGCUGCAAAAACACCGUUCUGAAGAACUGAAAACACUGCAUCGUGUGCUGUAUGGAACUGCAGGGAAGAUGUCAAUAUUGAAGAAGGAAAUCCGCAAGUUUACGGGCUUCGGAUUCGAGGAAGGUUCACCGGAAUUUAAGAAGAAGGUUGCGCUCCUCGGCAAACUCACCACGGAUCAGCUGAGAUUAAUCAAGAAUAUACUUGGACUGCAUAGUGGUGGUAGUACGAAGGAUGCGCUGGUUACCACCAUCAUGCUUUUCCUUAUGAAAACUGUUGACCAUGCUCGUGGUGUACCGAAGAAACGUAAAUCAUCUGCAAAAACACCGACAACAGCAAAGCGUGCGAGAAAGAGCAAAGGAAGUGAAGAGGUAGGAGUUGUUAGAUGGUCUGGUACAAGCUGUAGUGUUUCCUGUAUAGAGGUAAAAAACCAGCUGCUAAGACGCCAGCAAAGACUCCAGCGAAGGGGAAGGCUAAAACACCUGCAAAGGCCUCUGCGAAGUCAACGAAGAAAGCUCCCGCGACUAAGACACCGAGAAAGAAGAGGGAGUCUACUGGAUCGAAAGACACCGCCUCCAAGACCGAUUCCGACAGCGACGAUAGUGAAACUAAAAAGAAAUCGAAAGCAACGUCAAAGAAGGUACGCAGCGUAG